CGGCUGUGCCGCUGCUGCUCUUAUCUGUUACAUGGAAAAGAAGAGAGCCCUUCAUGGUGCAGGGAACGGCACGCUGGGAAUGGCAUGAGGCCCAUUCCUGACGGAACCGGCGCUUUCUCCUCAUGCUUCUGUAAAAUGUCUGUUUUCCUAGAGGAACACAGCAGGAGUGAGACCUGAAUUAAAGGCUGAGGGACUGGAUCCAGCCGAAGGAGGCUCUGGUGCCGGCUGACACCGCGGGGCUUGACCCCUGAUCUCUGCGCCCUGAGGCCUCUCUGCGCACCUGACAUGUCACUUUAGGCAGAGAAACGCUGUUUUCCUGGAAAAGUGGUUGAAAGGCGAAGCUGGAGCAGCGGGGACCACCAGAACCCUGCCAUUGCUCUCCGGUGACAAGUGGGCCUCUUUUUACACCUUCUUUCUAAAUAAGGCAGCGGCCGGACAGACACAUGACCGCCGACCCAAUUUGGGAGCAGCUCCAGCGCCCCGUCACGUCCCCGGCCGCUGAUCGCCGCCAGCAGGCCUCCUCUUCUCCAGCCCGGCAGUGACAGCGGGCAGGCGGUUCCGCCUCGGCCCGGUACCGGUUAGCCGAGCGGUGAAGUCACCAUGAUGUCAUCCAGGGAUGCGCCAGGCUGGCCGAGGUAGAAGCAGGCUGCGCGCUGACUGACAGCCCGGAGGAUUUAUUGUGAGGUGGAACGGAGGCAGAGACGGUGAGAGGCGAGAGAGAAAGAGAGAAAGAGAGAGAGAGAGGGGCGCAGAGGAGCUGCACAACAUGGUAAUCACCACCACCAACAUCUCCAUCACCUCCAGCUCCACCGCGCACUCUCCCGUCUCCUCUCCUCCUCCUCCUCCUCCUCGCCGGGGCUUGCGUUUCAUGCCCAGAGCCCUGAUCCGCUCACCAGAAAUAACCCUCAGCCAGCAUGCCGAAGGAAGCAAAACAAGAAGAGCGGUAUUUUUAGGCUCAUUAAUUUCGACCACGUGGCCCGAAGGUAAACCGGAUGGCCGCUGCGCAAAGGCUCCUCGUCAGUAUGUCCUGCGAGGCCGGCACGCCGCGCUGGACGCUGACCGCGGCGCUUCUCCUGGGCUUUCUGCUGGGGGUGGUGGCAGCGCACCCGGUUCCGAGCGGCAGGACGAACGCAACUUUGCUGGAGAAGCGAUGGGAGACGCUGUUCUCCCGCUCUGUGCUGGGGAUCUCCGGGGAGAAACCGGAGCUCAACUGGGAGACUGACUACCUGCUGGGCAUCAAAAGAGUGCGGAGGCUCUACUGCAACGUGGGCAUCGGGUUCCACCUCCAGGUCCUCCCCGACGGCAGGAUAAACGGUGCUCAUAAUGAGAACCAGUACAGUCUGAUCGAGAUCUCCGCCGUGGACAGAGGGGUGGUGAGCCUGUACGGCGUGAAGAGCGAGAUGUUUGUCGCAAUGAACAGCCGAGGAAGGUUAUACGGAACGACCGUCUUCCAUGAUGAGUGUAAGUUCAAGGAGAGCUUGCUGCCCAACAACUACAACGCCUACGAGUCUCUGGUCUACAGAGGGUCCUACAUAGCUCUGAGCAAGCAUGGGCGCCUGAAGAGGGGCAACAGAGCCACUACUGCCAUGACUGUGACGCACUUCUUACCCCGAAUAUGACGAGAAGAGGGAAAAAACUGGCAAUAACAAACUUAUUUGCACAUGUGGAUUAUGAUUAUCCCAGGUAACACAAAUACAUAAACGUACGUACAAAGACGAAAACACAACAAGGACUGCAAAAGAAAGAAACACAGAUAUAUCUGAUAUUUAUUCAAACUUUAUAUGUAUAUUUGGGUAGCUGACUUUGUAUUAGAGAUGAUUGAAAUACAUCCAGUGCUGCUUUCCUGAGUUUGAUCGUCCUGUGAUGCGGGGGGGUGCUGGAACGGGGGGAGUCCUCGCCCUGCUGCUGGACAACGUCUGCAAAGAAAGACGGAAUUACCUCAAGGAAGCGUGAUGACGGGGACGGUAGAAAUGUUCGCCAAGGUUCAACCACGCCUGUUUACGUCCUCUGCUGUGAUCCGUCACCGACACCCUGCUGGGGCGGGGGGGGGGGGGCAGCUGGGGCACUGGCAGGUUUGUUGGUGGUUUUUCUUGCUUCGUCAUGAGGUGGCUGUGCCUUGAACUCCUCCUCACGGCCCCCUCACCCUCGCAUGUGAGAAAUGUGGGGCUGGAGUCAGAAAUAGGAACGAUACGCAAGUCAUUGCUCCCUGAGACACGGCCGGGGGCUUCAGCCCAAUUCCUCGAGGGUCUGAGGUUUCUCCACUUUUAUUCUCCUUCUAUAGUUAGAGCGAUUGAGUAACUGAGACUCUAUGCUGCACAGGAUCCAAAGGAGCCUCUUGGAAAGUUGGAUUUAAAUCCAGCACUUGCCCCCCCCCCCCCCCCUUACAUUACGUCCAGGAGAGCUUUGACAAUCCCAGGUUGUGUUUUCAAGGGUUUGCUGAGUGUGACUGUUGCUGUAUGUAUGGCUUUAUUCUAGGUAUGCAUGUCGACUCUUCCUCGUUAACAUUUUCAGGUCAGAGCAAGUCAGUGUAGCAGAAUAUGAUGUAGAUGUGAAGCGCUUAGACCUGCUGGCUGUUAGGUGACCCUGUUUUAAACACGCUGUGGACUCAUAACUCAUCCCAGGUUCUUCAUGUUUUAUCGGCGGCGAGCAGAAGGAGGCUCUCUGACGGCGCUUAGGGCGUGAGUUCAUGCAGGAGCAACGCCGCUUCCUGAAGUGAAGACAUCUUCCAGUUCAGCCUGUUAAUGCUGGUGAUCUGAGCUGAAGCUGCACUUUGACCUCUAAUAUUCUUUUAGGCUUUUCAUGCAACGUAAUAUACUUGAAUUGAUGAGACGCUGACACUGCUCUGUCAGACGCUGUAACGUUGUGGAAGGAGACGGAGUGGAACAGCGGCGCUCUGUAGGUGGUUCUGAUUGUUUGUGUGACCCGGCCAGGUCACGUUUAACGUAUGGGGCCCGCAGACACGCAGGCUCCUCGCUGGUCUGGACGUCGGACCAGACGGUCCCGAGAAUGUGGAGCAUCUGAGCCGCUUUAGAACCAAGGUCAGAGUUUUGGGUGUUCUGUCCUCUGGGUUGCUCUCAUGCUGGCAUUUGGUUCACGUCCACCUCGGGGCAACUUUUAACCCCGAGCUCUGCACCUGUUUCUGCUGACGCGUCUCAUGGCUUUCAGUUCGCUGCACAGCUUUUAAAGAGGAGCGUUUUAGUUGGAUUUGGCUUUAAUCUGCAACAUCCUGUCCAUACAGAGCCUUACACCUUUCUUCUGUUUGUGUUUUUGUCACACAGUAAAGUUUGACCUCAUCAAACAAAGAGUAAUAUUAGAUAACCUGAAUUAAUACAAAAGCAGCUUUUAAUAAUGCAGCUUUUGUAUUAAUUCAGGUUUAUAAGGAGCUCAAUAAUUUUUCAUUACACUGUUUAGGGUACAGGAAGGGCAGCUUGGUGAAAUGAUGUCAAAAAGCAGCAAAACUCCUCCAGUGAUAUUCUACUUCCUGUCCUCUCCAGCAUCUUUACCACACAAAGUGGGACGCUGCAGAAAGUUGCAGAAGCAGCAGAAAGCGCCA